AUGCUAAUGCAAGAUGAAAUCCAGCAAUCACAACAAAUCAGAGCAGUUGCAGAUUGGGACCAAGAAAAACUAAAUGAAAUGAAUGAAAGAAAAAACUGGGAACAAAAGCAACUGAACGAUUUCCGGGGCAACCCAUUGACGGAAGCGGAUGAAGCUGAACAAUUACGACAAAUCGACACCGUCGCAGAAAUACAAGAGGAAAUACGUACGGAUAUGAACUUAAACGAUCAAUGGGAUCAAGAACGAUUGUACCAAUACGAAACACUUCCGACACCACUGCCAUACGGUACUGAAAUCGUGCAUGGUUGUUCCCCCUCAAUGAACCCGGAAGAUGGAAAGCAAAUAAGCAGCCGAUGA